UAUUUCAAUUCAGAAAAGUUGAUUUUUUUUUAAAAUUAUUAGUCGAAGACGAAGAAGAAAAAGUAAAAAAAAUCUAAAAUUUGAAUAAAAUAGAAGGUAAACAUAUGGAAGCUUCAGACGUGAAGUUCUUUCCUUUUUCACGCUACUGAUAAGCUCUUCUCUUCUUCCAAUCCUCACCUUUCCUUUGCUCAUGUCUUCCUCCUACCAAACCCUUUCACAUUCCGACCCGGACUCAUCCCCGGGUCCACCCCGAACCCGAACCCAAAUCCAAAUUCCACCCACCAUCCACCAGCUUUCCUUCAACCAAGACAACACCUGCUUUUCCGCCGCUACGGAUCGUGGCUUCCUCGUCUUCAACACCGACCCUUACGGCCUUCUAUUCCGCCGCGACUUCGACGCCAGUCUCUCACUCCUCUCCAUGUUCUUCCGCUCCGAAGUCUUUGUUCUCGUCGGCUGCUCCCCUUCCCUCUCCACCAACACCAGCACUAAAGCUCUCCUAUGGGACGACCAUGCCUUCCGCUGCUUCGGCGAGCUCAACUUCCGUUCCCCAAUCCGCUCCAUCCGCAUCCGCCACGACGCAGUCAUCGUCACCCUCCUCCACAAAAUCUACGUCUACAACUUCUCGGAUUUAAAGCUGUUACACCAGCUGGAAACGACGUCGAAUCCAAAAGGCUUAUGCGAGGUUUCGCAGGUGUGGGGUCCCAUGGUGUUGGCUUGCCCUGGUUUGCAAAAAGGAACAGUGAGAGUAGAGAUUCUAGAGAAUUAUGGGAGUAAAAGGAGUAAAUUCAUAAAUGCCCAUAGUUCGAAUAUCACGUGCUUGGCUUUGACUCAUGAUGGAAGGAUCUUGGCUACGGCUAGUAGUAAGGGAACUUUGAUUCGAGUCUUUACUGCUUUGGAUGGGGCAUUGAUUCAAGAGGUAAGGAGAGGGGCAGACCGAGCAGAGAUAUAUAGCCUUGCUUUCUCUUCCACUGCCCAGUGGCUAGCUGUCUCAAGUGACAAAGGAACUGUCCAUGUCUUCAGCCUCAAGGUUGAUUCAGUAGUUUUGGAGAAUGAUAGGUCAAGCAAUGCAUCUGAAUCACCUCUUUCUAAUCAAUUAGCUUUAUCAUCCUUUUCUAUUUUGAAAGGUGUAUUGCCAAAAUAUUUCAGCUCAGAGUGGUCAGUGGCUCAAUUUCGGCUGCCUGAAGGUUCACGCUACAUUGUAGCUUUUGAACAACAAAAGAACACAGUCAUGAUUAUUGGCAUGGAUGGAAGCUUCCGUCGAUGCAAGUUUGACCCAGUGAAUGGUGGACAUAUGAUUCAACUUGAAGAUUACAAUUUCUUAAAGCAAGAAGAAACAUUUUCAAAGUCUGUAUGAAGAUUAUAGCUUGAGAUCACAAAUUUCUGCGAAGAACAUACAUAGGGUGUAUAUAUCAAUGUAAAUGGAAGUAAGUAAGCUUUCAUUCUUAGUCUUAACUAUACUACCCAUAAGAAAGAAUAACUAGUUGUUUUAUCUUGAUGCUGUUUUGUCUUGACUUGAACUGGUUUUUUCUUGAUGGAAAAGUCUAGAUAUGUGAUAGACAAAUAUUGAUAUGUUUACAAAUGAAAAGCUGGUUGCCUAUUACUUAUAUCUUCUUGUUCUUGGAUCGGAUGGAAAAGGCUUGUUGUUGAUAAAGUUGCUUCAAGUGCAUUAAAAACUUUGGCAAAUUGCUUUUUCACCGAUUGGUAUUAUUUGUGCUUAUUGUCAUUGAGUAAGAGAGAUCCCCAUAUAUAUCAGGUUAAUGGGUUAAAUCAAUUACCUUUGGUACUCAUUUGACUAAUCACUCUAAUUCUUGAUAAAAAUAGUUGAAGUGUAAGCCUUUUCUGUUCCUUUGUUCUUAUAUAAUCUAAAUGUUAAGAUUCUACAAUUCAAGAUAACAUCAGCUAUCCUGAAAGGAAUAGCAAAUAUAGAAAAAAAAAAAAAAAA